CUGGCUCAGUCUGUCCUGAAGCCUGGAGCUGCUCUCCACUUCAGAGCGGAGCAGGAAGCCGCAGCGGCGACCAGAGGAGGUCUGACAACAAGUUCCAGCUUUCCCAGAAAACAUUUCACAGUUUCACGCUGAUGGAGGAUCAAGGCUGACUUUGAUUUCCCGCAGAAUCAACAUGCUGAAGAAAGCUGCCUCUCUGCUUCAGAUAUGAGCAACUUUUCUUGGCAGAGACACAAUUUGGAGAUUUGGAAACAUUUGAUUAGAGUCGUGGAGGUCCAGCCAAAGGAUGGCUCAGUCACAGCGAGCAGAAUCCUCCAGCCUGUAGUCAUUGUGCUUUAAGGAGAAGAGUCGGCCAUAUUGAGCAGGACGACCGCAGAGCGACCUGUUUACCUGCUAAUUCUGACGUGAUGCUUGGCCUCCAUGUUGGACGCCGCUCGCUGCUUCUGCUCACCCUCCUCCUGGUGACUGUGCGCCGUGGCGAAGGCGAUCAGCAGAGGUUUCAUCAAAUCCAGCAUGGGCAGUGCACCUACACGUUCAUCCUGCCUGAGGAGGGACAGGCCAGCUGCAGAGAGGCCAGAGGCGGCGGCAGCAGGACCAGUCAGCACGACGCCAACGCCAUCCAGAGAGACGCGCCGCCGGCCGAGCCCAGCCUGAAGAUCCAGCAGCUGGAGAGCAUCAUGCAGAACUACACGCAGUGGCUGCUGAAGAUUGAGAGCUACGUCAGGGAGAGCAUGAAGACGGAGAUGGCUCACCUGCAGCAGAGCGCCAUGCACAACCACACGGCGGCCAUGUUGGAAAUGGGAACCAGCCUUCUCUCUCAGACGGCCGAGCAAACACGCAAGCUAACUGACGUUGAGACGCAGGUUUUGAAUCAAACGUCGAGGCUUGAAAUUCAACUGCUGGAAAAUUCCCUUUCCACUAACAAGCUGGAGAAACAAUUAAUGAUCCAGACCACUGAGAUCAGCAAGCUGCACGACAAAAACAGCCUCCUGGAGAGGAAGAUGCUGGAGAUGGAGAAGCAGCACGCUGAAGAGCUGGAGACGCUGAAGCAGGAGAAGGGGAGCCUGCAGGCGCUGGUGGGCCAGCAGAGCGGCUCCAUCCGGCAGCUGGAGGCUCAGCUGAGCCGGGCCAGAGGGAACGGCAGCGCUCUGCAGCAGGUGAUGGGCAGCGUCUACUCCAAACAAGCAGCCUCUGCAGGCGGAUCGAACCAAUCAGGAGCUGCGGAUGAAGAGAAGAAGUUCGGUGACUGUGCAGAUUUAUACAAAGCCGGCUUCCAUAAAAACAGCGUUUACAGCAUCCAGAUAAAUCCACAGGAAACUAAGAAGGUUUACUGCGACAUGGAGGCGGCCGGCGGCGGAUGGACGGUCAUCCAGCGCAGAGAAGACGGCAGCGAAGAUUUCCAGAGAACAUGGAAGGAGUACAAGCUGGGUUUUGGGAGUUUGCUGGCAGAGCACUGGUUGGGAAAUGAGAAUGUUUAUCAGCUGACCAGCCGACGGCAGAACGUGCUCCGGAUUGAGCUGACGGACUGGGACGGACACCAGGCCUUCUCGCUCUAUGACCGAUUCCAGAUCGGCAAUGAGAAACAAAACUACAGGCUGUUCCUGAAAAGCCACAGUGGGACGGCAGGGAAGCAGAGCAGCCUGGUGAUCCAUGGAGCCGAUUUCAGCACCAAGGAUCAGGACAACGACAACUGCUCCUGCAAGUGCGCUCUGAUGCUGACGGGCGGUUGGUGGUUCGAUGCCUGCGGCCCGUCCAACCUCAACGGGCUCUACUUCAGCCGCGGGCAGCACCUCGGGAAGCUCAACGGCAUCAAGUGGCAUUACUUCAAAGGGCCCAGCUACUCCCUCCGCGGCACCGCCAUGAUGAUCCGCCCUCUGGACUUCUGAGCCUGAAACUGACCUCAGGAUUUGUGGUUUUUCUCUAUUUCCUUUAAAAAUGGACAGAAAUGUUGUGCAGUUUUCUGCCAUUUUGGCCGGGUUGUCAUCGCUGAAAGGGGAAAAACUCUGUUGUUUCUGAAAUAGAGUUCAUUUCAGCCAUUUAUAGUGGAUUUCCAAAUGUCUGUUAUUAAUAUUAAUAUUACAGUAGCUGCUUUAGAAAAUAUUGUACAUACUGUAAGAAGUGUAUGCACUGUUAUGAAAGAGUGUGACUAUUUUAAUAAUUACUGCAAGUGAGUUUAGCCUUAAGAUUAAAAUAAAGUCAGGUUACAUGAGCAAAUGUGUGAAAUUAUAAAUGAAUGGCCCAACAAAAAUAAUUAUUAUUGUUUCAACAAGAUGUUUCUCCAUCCUGAGCAUUUUGUUUACAUUUCCCUAAAUAAGGACCAACAGCCAGUUUGACUGAGUGAAUUCAAUGUUCAUGUUGUAUUUUUUCCCGCCAGCAGGGGGCGCUGUGGGCGUUUCCCACAAACUGGGACUGAAAGCAACAAUCUGGUUAUUUACCCGGACAGAAGAGAAAAAUUAGGAUUUAUUUUUCAAAUGUAUAUUUUCACCAUGUUAUUAAAAAGAUUAUAAUUAUGGCAUACAAACUAAAUAUUUAUCUUACUAGAUAUUUAAUUUAAUUAGUGAAUUAAUUGUUUUCAAAAAUUAGCUUGCUAAAACAUUAGUUUAUAACCUGCUAGUUGUUAGGGGGUUAGGGUUAGGGUAGGGUUUUAAAUAAACUAAAUGAUUAGCAGAUAAAAUGGUUAGUUUGUAAACUAAAUUCAGUUUGUUUCCUAACUAAACAUUUAGCUCCAAGCUAAACGGAUGGAGGGAGGGCUGAUCAUCCCUCCAUCCAGGAGGUCAAGGGUCAAAAAAAGGGCAGCCAACGUCUUUGCAGACCCCACAUAUCCUGGACACAAAGCGCUACAACUUCAGCUUUGUCUUCUGCUUCUGUAAAAACAUCGUCAUGAAUCUGUUUACCAGAAGAACUGGAAUAUUUUUACCACCUGGAAGUAAAGUCACAUUUUUUGCUUCUCCACAGAAUAAACCUUCCUGCUGCUUCAGCAGAACAAACAGUGAUGCUGCUGCUCCUCAUUGUAAUGAUAAUGACGCCAGUUAUAAUUCAGGUUUUCUGUUUUUCUUGCUCUGCUGUGACUGUUCUCAUCAGGCUUUAUGUUUCCUCUGGUUCUGAAACAGAGAGUGGGAUUUUGUUGAGAUGCAGAACAAACGGCGUCUUUAUCCGGCUGAUCCAGUCGCUGCUUUCAACCUGACAGCAUCCAACACAUUUACAUCCAGUUGUUUUCCAGCCUCAAGCUGCAAAGAUCAAAAACCCCCAAAGAUUCAAAUCUGCGUCUGGAAGCGACUCGUCUCCACUUUCUCCCCAAAAUGUUUUUCUGUUCCUUACAGACGAAAUCAGGGAGAAACUCCAUUAACUGGUUUUAGGAGAGGAAAUGUAAAAAUGUUUUUUCUGCCGCAUCGCAGAUUUUUCCUCUUUUCAGGAUUUGAACUAAAAAUUUCCCUUCAGGUUAUUUUCAUUUCUGGAUCCAGCAGGAAAGAAUAAAAUGGAAAGAGGGAAAAAUUAUUUUAUGUCAGAAAAAUAAAAUAAAAACUUUCAUGUGCGUCA